CAAAAACAUCACAGCAGGACAGGUUUAAGUGCUCCUAAGCCAAAGGUCCUGCUCUCCAAAUUGCAGCUCCCUAGAGCUCCUGCAGGUAUGUGCCAUGGACACAUUACAUCUCAACUACAGCAACCCUCAAAGCAUGGAAAACAGUAAUUAGUUAUUUCUAUGACCUGAAAUCAACCCUAUCAGCUCAAACUGUCAAUGAGCAGUUGGCUUCUUCCUAAGUACAGACCAGAACUAGCCCUGUGGAAAACAAGCUGUUCCUGGGAAGCCCCAGCAACACAAUGCAGCUGCCUGUAUCCGUGACACCCACUGAGGAAACAAAUUCCACUACUGGCAGUGCAUCCCAAAGGAUGCUUCAGAGCCAGAGCUUCCACUGACCGCUUUGAACCCCAUAGCACACCACCAGAAUGAACUGUGCUGGCAAGCAAUGCUCCCAGUGUUUCCAGUUCCGCAAACUGGGCUAUAGUAAUGAUAGCUUCUGGAAUCUUAAUUAUGUGCUGGAAGAAGGACAAUCCCUCUCUCCAGAAGGAUUUUUGAAUGAAGGAACAACUCUCUUAACCGGAAACCGUGCUCUGUCACACAGGCUGCGGGGUGAGGGGGUCCAGGAAGGUGUUGCCAAUCCCAUCUGCAAACAACCUGGCUCCAGAGCUGCAAAUUAGUUCCUCUCUACCCUCAGCUCUCCCAAACAGUUAACUUCUGGCUGUGAGACCAUCCUAUCUCCCUGCCCGCUCAACAAUAGAUCCUGCUAAACAAAUGCCUCUUAAUUGACUUUGACUUUGAGCUUUUACAAAAAAACAAAAGAGAGGAAAACAUUGGGCCUUAUGAAAUAAUGACUAAUCCUGGAGCCAGAGAAAGGGGAAGGGUUAGAGCAUUGGUGUCAAACAGAGAUUCAAUCUUGGCUGAAAGAGCUCCAAGACACAUGGGCCAAAUCAUUCAUCCCUCCCCAAGUGCCCUCAUUUCCACACCUGCUGAUCUAAGCCAAACCCCUGCUAAAAUCCAAACAAUCAGGGCCGCUGGCAAAUGAAAACUGGAGCAUUGUCUUCCCCAUGAGGGCUCUGAAAGGGCCGCACUUAAUGAGGAUAGAUUGACAGAGAGGUGGCUCCUAGGCUAUAAAAGGCAUCCCACAGUCAGAGGCAGCUCAGUCUGGGGUGUGCUGCCUGUCUUCCUGCUCCAAGAAUGAUCACAGCCCACCACAGGCACCCCUUGAGGCUGGGUGGCCCAUGGCUGCUGGGCGUCCUGGUGUACCUGCUGCUGUGGGGGUCUCCAGGGGCCUGGGCGAGCUAUCUGAGGAGAUCCUCCAGCUGCACACCCAUCCCGCCCGGCAUGGCCUUGUGCUACAACAUCGGCUACUCCGAGAUGAGGAUUCCCAACCUGCUGGAGCACGAGACCAUGCCAGAAGUGAUCCAGCAGUCCUCCAGCUGGCUGCCCUUGCUGGCCAGGGAGUGCCACCCAGACGCUAGGAUCUUCCUCUGCUCCCUCUUUGCACCAAUCUGUUUGGACAGGGUCAUCUACCCCUGCCGCAGCCUGUGCGAAGCCGUCAAGAGAAGCUGCGCUCCUGUCAUGGCUUGUUAUGGGUAUCCCUGGCCCGAAAUCCUCAACUGCAACAAGUUUCCUGCUGAUCACGAGCUGUGCAUUGCAGCAGUGUCCAUGGAUGAAAACUCCACCAGUAGGAGAACAGUACCCCGAGCCAGCUGCAAGGACUGUGAGCUUGAGGAAGCCAGCACUGCCAGGGAGAUCCUGGAAAACAUCUGUGCCAAUGAUUUUGCAGUGAAAAUACGAAUCCUGAGGAAGAACACCACAACUACCAUCUCAGACUUCGACCUGGACACCUCCAGGGUGGAGGUCCUGAAACAUGGUCCCCUUCUCAGAACUGAAGUCCCCGGCAGGCUCCAGCAGUGGCUGGACAUAGACGCGACCUGCGUCCACAACAUCAUGAGAGGCACGCACACAGGGGUCUUCGUUGUAAGCGGUGAAGUGCAGAGUGACAAAGUGGUGGUGAACAAGGCCUACGCCUGGCAGAAGAAGAACAGGAACCUGCACCAGGCAGUGCGGAGGUGGAAACAUCACCGCUGCCCCGACCAGGCUGGCCGGAAGGUCUGAAAGGUCUGAAUUCCAGCAAUAAGAAACUGCUCCCUUCCCUAUGGCUAGAAAACUCCUUUCCCUGGAAGUUGGUGUUUUCGAGAUGUACAGUCAAUAUUUUUAGGUGAUUCAAAGCAGUCAUAGUCCACAGAUAGGGCCUCACAACACAUUUACAGAUCCCUGUUUUACUGAGACAGAGCUUGAGGGUGCAGGUUUAACAUACUCCUCACACAAGGCUCUGUAGAUCCAGGACUUGCAGUGGAUGGCUUUGUAUAGGAUCCAAGGUCACAACAAAACCAAACUGAACUCUGCAGGCAAGAGAUCUCUGGUGCCAGUUUCUCCUAGAUCUUGUCAUCGAAGUUGAUAGCCAUUUCAGCUUUAUUAUUUGAACCAGAGCCACUGAUGCUGUCCAAGUGCCUGCUUGCUUUCUGUUCAGGGAGAUUAGACAGAAGUCCCCCUGACUGCUAAGAGAUGCUGUUUGUGUAAUGGAAAAAAUACUCUUGAACAGUCUGAGAUAAACUAAGGGGGAGACAACCCACCCCUGCAACGUCUGGCCCCUUAAAGAAUUAGCUGUCUCUUCAGCUUGCUGCAUGAGAAUUGAUGAGCAUCUUCAGAGGUAAAAGAAACAGCUGUUCUCAGGCAGGAAAGGCAAACAGCAAAGAUAGCUGAGGGCUUCUGCAUAACAGGGAAAACCACUUUUUAAUACCAGAAAUUCAGUUUGGAUCCCCAGUAAUUGGGUUAUCAAGAUCUCACAAGAGCCUUGAGAAAGAGCAGAGCAGGAAUGAGACAUCAGCCAUUGAAACCUCUGCUUUUGUGGGCAACAGCAGCUUUGCUUGGGACUUGGAGUGAGCCCUAAUCCCAGCACAACAGCAGCUACUUGCAGCUGUGAUAAGGGAAUGGGAGAGAAACAUUACACAGCUGUCUGGCCUUCCUUCUGCAUGCAAAGACAGAAAAGGUUGAAAAAGUCAAUCUCGCCAAGUUCUCUGAAGCUCACUCUCACCCAGGUAAGCAGGGACUAGUUCUCUGCUGUAGCUCUACAAUCCAGAUCAGAGAGCAGAAAACAGCAAAUCCCCAAAUAAAGAAACAAGUUGGAUUUCUACGGCCUAACAAAAAUUAAGUGGAAAGUUUUCCACACUGGAUUAAACUUGGGAAAGGGGAAAAACAGCUUUUCUGUGUGGUUCAUGCUGCCUGAGGUCUUGGUUGUGGGCAGCCAUCCGCUUUGAUGGAGACACAUUGCCUCCCUCUGCUUGUAAAGCACACCAACAACCCGUGAUGUGAUCUCUUCAGCUUCAGCGUGGGCUGAGACGAGCCCUCAGAUGCUCACACUGAAAUUCAGCUGCGCUUGACAUUUGUGCAGCAAUUACUUCUACUCCCUGAGGAUCUGAAGAAAAACACAGCCAGAUUUCCUAGGUUUUAUUCCUCCCUGCUACCUUGUCUUGCAAACUGCCAUCCAAUCCACAGAAUCCACUGUCAAGUAAUCCUGGCAAUGGCAGCAUCUUCUGAACUAUGUUUGGAAAACACACCAGAACAUAUAAAAGCUCUGAAGGUUGAAAA